UUUUUUUUCAUUUUAAUUUUUGUUAAGAAAUGUAGUUUUUAUUAAUAUUUAAGAUUUAUGGUUACCAAUAUAAUUUUCCUGGUUUAUAAAUUUAUAACUUAAUAAUUAAUACUGUUCAAAUAAUAUGGAGUCUUCAUUUAAAACGCCAUCUAAAGUGCCACCAUUUCAAAUGCAAUCCAGUGGUUCAUCUACAAAAUUUACUCCAAAAAAAAGUCUAAUUAAGAAAAAAAAUGAUGAUGAAAUUAAUUCUGUUUCACGGAGUUUGACCUUUGGAUGUUCAGAUUGCCACUCACCUAUUAAUGAAGACCUUGAUGUUUUACCUCUAAGUCAACAAGCAUCCUGUGAUUCAUCUUCACCAUUUACUCCAAAAAGAAGUCGAAUUAAGAGAAAAAGUAAUGAAGAAUCUAAUUCUGUUUCACGGAUUUUGGUAUUUGAUAAUUCAAAUAACUACUCACCAUUAAAUACAAUAGUUACACCUCUUAGUCAACAAGCAUUAUUACCUCAUAACUAUGAACAGUGUGAAUCUGAACCGACAACACCAAUUAAAAGUCAACAACCAUUUAUUGAGAAAAAUAAUAAAAUUCUAUUAUCUCCGAGUAUCAAAAAUAAUCCUAAACGAUUCAAUAUCACACCGUCUCCUAAAAAAAGAAGUCUUUCAAAAUCUGCUACACCAAAACCAUCUAAAAAAUCAAAAUUCCAUGAAAAUGAAAACAAUAAUUGUAAAAUUACUUUUUAUUUCAAACCAACCCAAAAACGACCAGAUUUUAUAGUUAAUAAUGUUGAAAAUAAUUGUCAUUCAUCAAUUCUACAAUUAGGUGAAAAACCCAGUAUUAAAACUGAAAAUUCUAUUAAAUCUAACUCUCCUAUAGAUAGUAUAGAAAUUCCUAAGCUUCAAGUACUAAAUCCAACUCAGUUAUCACAAAAGACCAAUCAAAGUUUAAAUAUUAAGAAAGAAAAUAUUAAUAAUCUCCAAAAAGAUGGUACUACUAAUGAUAGUAGAGAUGUUACACCAAAAAAAGUUGAAAAUAUGUUUAAUGGUGUUAUAAAAAGUCCAAUCACUGAUAUUCUAUCAAGAAAAGUUAUUAUUUCAGGUGGCGACACAUACAGCAGAUUUAUAAAAUAUAUUGUUUUUAAUGAAGUAAUUUGUCUCGGUAAAACAAAUAUAGCAGCGAAAAUUGAAAAUUGUACUAAUGAUGAACUUAAACUUUAUGGAAGGUUAAUUUCUAGAAAACACGACUGGAUUCGUUUAAAUACACCUGAUGGGCUAAGCAAAUAUAAAGAAUUAAAUCUGUGUUAUGAUUUAAAUAGUACUUUAAAGUCAUUGGCAACCAAACAAUUAAUAAACACAGGUUUGUUUUAAUUCAAAAUUAUAUUUUACAAUUAAAUAAAAUUAUUUAAUUCAAACCUAUUUUUGAAAAUUGUAGAUGUUACUUCUUGUGAACUUGAUUGUUUAUUAAAUAUUUUGAAAUCACAUGAACUUAAACAAUUACAAAAAAUAUUCAAUAUUAACUUAAACUCUAAUAAGAAGACUAAACCUGAAAUGAUUAAAUCAUUUAUAAAUCAUGUAAAGAAUCAAAGAACAUUUUGUGGAAAUUCAAUAAAUAAUUUAAAAGAACAGUUUGUUAUAUUAAUUUAUUUUACUUUAAUUUUACUUUAAUCAUGCGUAGAUAUAUUUAAAUUACAUAUUUUUGUUUCAGUGUUAAAAAAAUAUUAGGGUACUGCUUAAAACUAUCAGAUAAUUCAAGAGAUGAUAUUAUAACCUGUCUGAUCUAUGAAUCAUACCCAUAUUUUAUUGGAGAAGAAAAGGACAGAUUUCGAGAAUGUUUUAAUAAAUUUACUUUGGUUGAAAAAAAUGAACUCAAGUUUCCUAAGUUUGAAAUAAAAUGUGUUUCACUUAAUUUUAACUCUGAAGAUAAUUUAGACAUGUAAGUUAUUCAAUCGGAUAUUUUUACUUGUUAUUGAAUAUAACAUACAUAGUCUAGAAAAUUUUAGCACAAAGUCAAAGCAGCAUGUAUAAUAAUAGAAUUUAGUAUUAGUAUUUUUAUAGAUAAUUGCAGUUAUAUUAAUCAUUAAGAAACAAAAAUAGUAAAGUAGUCUGUUUGGCAGACUAGUACUAGCUGCCUUAGCCAAUAUUUUUUUUUUUUUAAUGGCAGCUUCAGAUUUUGAUGGUCAAAAAAUUAUAUAUGCACCACAUUGUUUAUAAUGUCAUAUAGUAAUACAUUUGAUUAGGUAAAACAAUAUGAUUGACCUAAAAGCAAUAUGUUUACGUCCCAUGAUGAAAAAAAAAAUUAUGUAGAUAAACGAAAAAAAAAUAUGAACGUAUAGAAUGCAACUCGAAGCAUCAGCUGUUCAGAAGAUUUGUUAUUUUGUUUUUAUCACAAAUAUCAAUAAACGUAGGAACAAUAUAGUGGUUAAUUCAGAUUGGAUUUUUUAUGUUAAUUUUUUACUAGUUAUCAUUUUACAAAAUCAUGAGCUGUUCUCAGUGGUUAAAAUGGGAAAAACUUCAAAGAGGGACUAUAUUUAUUGAAAACUGUGGAACGUUCCCUAGAACUAACUUAACCAAACUUUCAGAAAACUAAUUAAGGAAACAAGACUUCCAAAAUGUUCUUCUCGUCUACACAUUUGUUUAUAAAAAUGUUAUACUUGUAGUGUUAAAAAAAUACUUCUCUCCCCCAUGAAAAUAAUAUUCUAUGCGUAUGCCUGCUUAGUAAAAUUAAAGGAAACAGUUUCUGUUUACAUAUAAUUUAAUUGGCAUUAAAAGAUUUAUUUAAAAAAAACUUAUUUGAGUUAUAAAAAUGUCAUUAAAAAUAUCUCAGUGACAAUAACUGAAGUGUUGGGAGAAGUGGGACUUUGAACACUCAAGUUAAAGGGGAUUAAUAAUUUUACAUUAAAUAGGUAGGGAGAUUACCCCCCUCCCACUUUAACCAUUGGCUGUUCACCGUAUCCAGGACGUAGUAUAGUCAUCAAAUUGUAUUUUGAAUUCACUUAAAAUAACAAAUUAUUGUCGUUUAAUAUUUCGAAAGGGGGGGGGGCUAAGCCUGGAAGUCCCUCCUGGCUACAAUACUGUCAUAAAGUGUAAAAAAUACUUGUAGUACUUGUAUACUAACAAUACUAUUGUAUACUAGGUAUACAAUACUAUUGUUUAAGAAAUUAUUAAUUUUAGGUAUAAAGUUGCUUUGAAUCUUCGUUAUAAAGUUCAAUUAUCAUUGGAGCACAAAGAUCAUAAAAAUGCAUUUAUAGCAUUGAAAACCAUGUUUGAUAAUUUCAAAUCUGCUGUAUGUAACAGUGAUGUAAAGUAAGUAUUUUCAUUCAAACUAAAACUUAUAAAACAAAUAUAUGUACUAAUGUAGCACUAUAAUACUAUGAAGUAUAAUAUUAAAAUUUGUUUUAAAAAAAAAAAAAUGUUUUUCAUUAGAGACGCAUACUUUAAACUACCUACUUAUUUGAGAAAAUAUUCUGCAGUAUCUGUAUACGCUCAUACUUUGUUUAAGAAUAUACCAAUAUUAAAAAAGUCUCUCACUGAAAAAGACUUAGCUAAAGAAGUAUUGGAAUCAUUAUUAAAACACAAGGAAUUUUUAAUAUCUAAACAAACUGAUAUUCGUAUUGAACUAGCAAAAGUUUUUGAAUCACAAUAUAAACAAUUAAAUAUUGUAAGUAUCGAACAAUUUUUAAAAUUUAAAAUAUAUAUUUAUUAAAUAUUACUUAAAUCUAUUAUUUAGGCUGCUGGAGUAAUACUCGAGGGUUUUAAAAAUGAUAAGAUUACUGAGUUAAAUCGUCAAAUGUUGUCAACUAGAGCAGUGAUGUACACAAAUCGUAAAGUUAGGAAGUUGGAUGAAGGAUUAAAAAACGAAUUAUUGAAUUUUAUUACAGUUCAAAAAAAACUACCUAGUACGACAAUUAGUGGACAAAUAAUGUCUGUCACAGAAAAGUACAGUAGACAAUUUUGUUUUUAUUAUUUUCAAUGUAAUUUGAACAGUGUACACUUGUAUACGUAAGAAAUAUACUAUGUUCAAAAUCUGUAGAUUUUUCUAAAAUUAAGAAAAGUAAAACAAAUAUUUUUUAAAAGUUUAACUUAAUUAAAGAAAAUAUCACAUAAAGUCAUUACCUAAUAUUAAUACAAAUUUUUUUGACUGAUGUUGAUUCGAAGUUAUUAGAAAGUGCCUAUAUUUAAUAAACAUAAUAUCUGCAACCUACAUAAGCGCAAAUGCAAUUAGUCCAUAAAUUAGCCAUUCCAGUUAUUCUAUUACUGUGUAGAAUUCCAUAACUUUAUGCUUCAUAAUAUUAAAUUAUAACAUAUGAAAAUAUGUGUUUACUUUUAGUCAAAAAAUUUUAUAUUUCACAAUGUAUUUUUGAGUACCAAAAUUAAUUUUAAAAUACACUUAAAUUGAAAAAAUUCAAUAUUACUGCCUUAAAAGUUAGUUAAAAUGCAUUUAAUUUGUUUUUAUAAUAUUUGCAUAGGAAACAUUUAUUGUAUUGUAUUGUCAAUGGCACAUAAUAUAAUAUAAGCUUAUUUUCGAAAAAGACAAUGCUAUAUUAGGCAAUGUAUACUACUAUAGAUUAUUAUACAAAGAGUGUCAUCUAGUUAUUGUUAUUUUUGGCAUAUACUAACUCUUAAAGUCGAAAUAUACAAAAAUAUGCUCAUUGCUUGUAUUUUUUUGAAGAAUUCUUGAUUUUAUUGUUCUGUGACUAUCCAUGUAAAUUAUAAAGAUAUCAAUAAUUAUUCCAUAACUAUUAUUUUGUUACUGUGGGUUUCAUUAAAAUAUUUACUCUUAAUAUUUUUCAGAAUAUUAACACUUUCUUGAAAAAUUAAGAAAAAUCAAUUUUCAAAUUGAAACAAAAAGGCAAAUUGUGUAAUUUUUUUAUAUUAACAAAAAAAAUACAUUUUUUUAAUAUUUAUAAAUUUAUCUUAUAGAUUAUCAAAAUAAUUUUUUAAGAAUGUUUAAUGUUGGUUAGAAUACUUUUGAUGAUAAUCUUGUAUGGUCUGAAACAUAAAAUAACAUAAAUCUAAUAAAAUUAUGGUCAUUAAAUUAAUAUUGGAUAUACAGUAGAACCUCUCUCGUCCACUCUCAACAGGUUCGCGACUUCAGUUGAUCCGACCAUAGUAUUAUUAAUAUGAAUACAUUUGGAUUUUUUUUUUUUCAUUUGGCUUUUGAUAUUGCCCUUCAUUACAUCAAGUAGAAUUCAACUUCAACACCUAUGGAAAUUUUGUGGAACAAGAAAUUGAGUAAUAUCAUAGCUAAGUCUAUAAUUUUAUUUGCUAAACAAAAUUUUCUGACUUUUUUUCUAAGUAAUGUUUUACUUCAUAUAUGUUUACAUAACACACUUGCAUUUGUAUUAUGCGUUACAUUCAAAUUUUUAGUAUUACAUAUGUAAAUACAAUACUUCUGUAUAUUCUAAUAAUCCAACCUUUUUCGUGUUCCAACCAUACCUCCAGUCACAAAGGUGACGGAUUAAAGAUGUUCUACUGUAUUUACUUAUAAUAGACAUUGCUUUUGUUAUUUUUUGAUCAAAUUCUUCCAUUAGUUGUAUUAAUCUUUCUGCUGUAUCAUUUACUAUUUUUUAAUUUUAUAUAAAUAAUCAAUUGAACUUUCCAAAAUUACCUGUUUUAAAAAAAUCUGUAUUUAUUUUAAAUUUUUUAAACAUUUUUUUGAGACUUCCCCCAAAACAUUUAUUCAAAAAUAUUUUUAAAAAAACUGCACAUGAGACUUUUUAAAAUUAAUUUUUUGGUAGUUUCAUUUUCUUCUGUUCUUUUGUGUCUUUAAGGACUUUAUUAGCAAUAAGUUUUUGUUUAUGUUAACUGUCUAUGUUUUUAUUAAAUGCAAUCGUUGCACAUUCUUUAUUUAAAUAGCGCAAAUGGUUCAUAAAUUUACCAAUUGUGGUUUUGGCUAGUGUUUUAUUAAUUUUUAAGUAUUUGUGUAAAUUUCUUAAAAAUUGAACCUCACUUAAAAGAGCCAUAAGAAAUACGUACCAUUCAAUUUUUCAGCAUCUGAAGCUGUUGUGUCAUAACAAAUGAUUGAAUAUUAUUAGUCAAUCCCCAGUUUUUGAUUACUUUAUAAACAGUGAAGUAUAUUUCAAUGCCAGUGCUUGCAUAUAUUUCUGGGAUAUCUAGAAAUUUGUCCAUAUCAUUUGACGUAGCAAUAACUGUUGAUCUAUUGAUUUUUGUUUAAGUAUGCUCUUUUAUUUCCUAAAAUUGUUUGAAGUUUUUACAAAUAUGAAUAUUAUUAUAGUUUAUUAUCAAUUAUACUAUUUAAUUUAUUUUAUGGUUUGAUAUUAACUCAUAAAAAAUAAAAUCUUUGUCAUUUGAUAUGCUUUCACUACUGAUUAAAUAUUAUAAUAGAUACUAAACCACAAUAAUAUUCACAUUUGCAAAAACUUCAAACGGUUUUAGAAAAUAAUAGAUCAUACUUAAACAAGUUAUAACUACCAUAAUAAGUUUGAUAGAGUUUUUUUCAUUCUUCAUGAAAUGGAAAUGUGAGUUUCCUUCAUACAUCAAUAACAUCUCUAUCAUUAGAGACUGCACUCAAACAGAACUACUGAAUUUAAUAGCAGACCUGAAACUAGGAAAAAGGGCAUCAAGAUUCACUUCUUUUAAUGGUCUCCCUAAAAUUGUUAAUAUAAAAAAAUUUAAGUUUGAAGGCUAAGCCUAUAGCAGCCUAUAAGCCCAUAGUAAUGUAAGUAAGCUAAGGACUUUAUUUAAUAAUUUUAAAUUAUUUCUUUAUUCUGAUAAACUUUCUAUUCGUACUAAACCUAAUUUCACUGGUUAUGAUCAGAAUGGUCGUUUCAAAGUAUUUCUUUAGUUUUUAACAAAUGGCAUGUUCUUUAUUUUACAGACAAUUUAAAAAUCUUCACUCGAGUUUCAUCAAUAAACGGCUAUUUAAUUUUACAAAAGAAAUUAAUUAUCUUAUCAGACUGAUGUCAAAAUUGGGGAAUGAACCUUUAUAUUAAUAAAUGCUACUCAAUAUGUUUUUACAUAUCCCGUGGUUUUAUAAGUCAUAUGUAAUUUAAAAAUAACAUUAAAUUCAAUUAAGUUACUUUAAUUAAAGACUUAGGAAUAAUUUUAUCAAGCAAUUUAAAUUUUGGAGAGCAUAUUGAGCAUGUCUUAAAAAUCUUUACAUGUAUUAGGUUUUGUUAAGCAUCACUUUUUCGGAUUUUAAAGAUUUGCGUUUAUUUAAGCUCUUUUUUAUUGAUCAUUUGUUAGAUCCAUUUUAGAAUACAGAUUGCCUAUUUGAAGUCCGUAUUCAAAAUUAGGUUUUAAUUUUCUUUGAGUAAGUCCAAAACUGUUUCUUGAGGUGUAUUGAUUAUAAAUUCAAUGUAACUAUUAAUGACCAUGAGUAUAUAUAAGCCAGGUUUUUCUAGAUAUUCCAAUAAUUUCUUCUAGACGUGAUCUAGUGGAUAUUUCCUUUGUUUAUAAAUUAGUCAAAGUUCAAAUUUAUGCACCAGAUUUAUUAAUUAGUAUCCUUUUUAACAUUCCAGCUUACAAUAACCGUUCAACCUUUCUGUUUUAUAUACCAAUACACAGUACAAACUAUUUGAAUACUCCCUUGUUCCAAGGUCAUGGCUUUAUGUAAUAAAUUUCCAACAAAUGCCGAUUUUUUUUCUUUUCAUCUUUAGCAAUAAUUUAAACUUGUUCCUAAGUAUUGAUUUGUGCUGCUGAAUAAUACAAAACUACUAUACAUUUUAAUUUUGUUUAUUAUCUCGUAUUAUAUAAUCUCUAAAUUGUCUUUAUACUAUUGGGCUUCUGCCCGUUUUAUUCUUCUUUUGAAUAAAUCAUUAUUAUUAUUAUUAUACAAAUUUUCUCUUUUACAAAAUAGCUAUUUUUAUUUACAAUUUUUUAUUUUAAGUUUCGCCACCUGAAAAAAAAAAAAUUGUUUUGCCAUAUUAACUAUAGCAAGAGGCAUACUAAUUAUUUAAAGUAUAUAUAUAUAAAAAAUAUAAAAAGUAUUGAAUAGAACAAAAGUUAUUAUAAGUAUUUGAUCAUUAUGGGACACUUUAUGCCAAUUUAUAUUGUAAGUGUUGCAUUUCAAAUAUGGGCUAACAUAGGUAACAAUAUUUUAAUUUAGAGGUGUAUCUGGCCGUAAGCAAGUUUUUGUCAAGAAAACCCCUAAUGGAGACAUUCAUUUUAUGUCUGUCGAAGAACUUGCAUUGUCACAUUAUAAAAGUGAAGGAUUUAUGAAUGGUAAUUAUUAAUAAUAUUAUAUUUUCAUUCAUUUUCCAAAUCUUCCACCUAGGAAUCAUUGAUGUUAUAUUAUUUAUUGAAAAAUAGUUUCGUAACUAAAAAGAAGAGUUAAUAAAUUAACUAUGAAAUGUUUUAUAAAAUAUUUAAUUAAAUUACUGUUCACAUUCAUAGUAAUAUAGGUAUAUCUGUGUUUGAAUAAUAUUUAUUUUAUGUAUUUAUUUUUAUAGGACUUCAUGAUGAAGGUCAAUUUAUAAAAUCAAUGUUUUUAUUAUGUUUUUGGGACAUAAUAUACAACAGUUAUCCACCACAUGUUCUUUUUAUCAGAAAAUAUCAAGAUUGUCCUUUAGAUUGGAGAACACACCACUUCUACAAUAUCAGAGAAAAACAUAUUGAAGUAAAAAUGAAAUCAAUUUGAAUGUUUUGACUAAUUUUGCGUUACUAUUUACAUUUUAUUAAAAUUCUAGAAACGAAUGACAGAACUGAAAAAUAUGAGUGUUGAUCAAAUUUGUGAUAUGUUAAAAACCCGUUGUGAUGAAUAUUUUAAUACUCAAUCAGUAAUAAACUGGAAUUAUAUGAAUGUAGACAACCUACCACAGUGUAAAGUAUGUUAAUUUAAUUGCCAUGUAGUUUUGUAAUAACAUUUUUGUAAAUAAUAUUCAUUAAUUUUAGACACUACUGGAAAGUGUAGGAAAAACUGUGUUUUUAAAAAUCGGUAAUCAAAUAUUAAAAGAUGGCCGAAUUUUUUUGUAUGGCAUGCCGGAUCUUAUUGUUUGGGAUGCUGCUAACUUUAAAGUAAGUUGAAUUUAAAAUCGUUGACACCUAAUUAUCAAAAUGCAUUAUAAUAAUUUAUUUUAAUGUUCAUGAUUAGUGCAAAUUUGUUGAAGUAAAGGGUCCAAAUGAUAAAUUAUCAGAAAGACAAUAUUGUUGGUUACUUAAACUUUUGGAGUUUGGCGCAAAAAUAGAAGUUUGUCAUGUUACUGGUUAGUUAAUAUUUUAAUUUAUGUCAAUCGAUUUUGUUCAUUGUAAACUUUUUAUUUACUUUUUCAGGAACAGGAAGCAAGAAUAUUAAUUCUGAAUAUAUGGACUGAUAUUUAUAUCUCAUAUUUUCUGUAUACAUUUAGUUAGUACCACUUAUUAUUUAUCUAUUUAAUAAAAUAAUCAAAUUGCUUACUUGUUCAUCUUAUUGCUUAGAAAAUGAGUUAAUAAUUUUAUAUAAUGUUAAUUAUUACAAAUUUAUUUAUAUUUUUAAGUGUUUUAUAUACUUUUGUAUUUAUUAUGAUUCCAGUCAAUUUUUAAGUUGCUCAUAUUAUGAAAAUUGUAUUUGAAUAAAAAGAC